GUUAGUGGUGGUGGUGACGCUAACACACAGAGAACCGCCUGGCCGUCCAACCUGGGAUGGAUUUAGAAGAAGCUUUUCAAGUUGUCGGCGAAUUUGGACCCUACCAGCAGCGGGCGGUGGCUGUGCUUGUUCUCACACAGGUGUAUAUGGCCUGUCAGUCCAUGCUGAUUGUUCUGGUUGGAUCCACUCCGGAGUAUCGCCUCGAGCCUCAGGACGGAGAUUCGUCCGGCCUGCAACGCGUGGUCUUCACCGAGGACAUCGACUCCAUAGUGACCGAGUGGUUUCUGGUGAAGCAGCAGGCCUAUAAGGUCAGUCUCGCCGGGUCGCUGUUCUUCGCCGGGCUUUUGUUCGGGAACGUUUUCUUCGGGCCUCUCUCCGAUAAGAUCGGCAGGAGACCUGUUUACCUGACAGUUUUGUUUUUCGAGGUGAUCUUCGGUUAUGUCACGGCCUUCGCUCCGAGCUACGAGGUGUUCGCCGUGUCGCGCCUGCUCGUCGGUUUGAUGAACGGCGGCAUCGGCCUCGUCUGCUUCGUGCUCACUCAGGAAUACGUGGGGAAAUCCUACUGGGCCAUGACCGGGACGUUGACCAGCAUAAGUUUUGCAGUCGGCAUCGCCCUGUUCGGAGCGCUGGGUUACUUCAUCCGGCCGUGGAGGACCCUGGCCAUCGUGGCCAACUCCUCCGGGGUCCUCUUCUUCCUGCUGUCCGUAAACCUCCCAGAGUCUCCUCGCUGGCUCUUCUCUCAGGGUCAGACCGACCGAGCUGAAGAGGUGUUGCGCUACAUAGCUCUGAGGAACGGAAACCCCUCUAAAAACCUGACGCUGCGCCGCGCCGCUAAAGGCCGUAACCAUGGCAACAGAGGAGCAGGGGUCUUGCAGUUAUGGAUCCAUCCCGUCCUCCGCCUCAGGACCAUCGUGCUCAUGUAUGUCUGGUAUGCGUGCAGUCUGGUUUAUUACGGUCUGACUCUCGGUGCCAGUGAGUCGUCGGGGAAUCGUUACGUUAACGUAGCGAUGUACGGCCUCGUGGAGCUGCCCGCCUACCCACUCUGCAUUUACUUCAUCAACAAACACUG